AACCUGACGGUGAGGCUAAAGUUAGCCCCCCGCCGCGGGGCUAGUAUAAAAGGACCCUGGGGUCCGUGCGUUCACGUCAGUCACAUCCUCUUGGCGUAGGCUUCUCUUCUUGACCACCAACAACCCCAAAGAACUUGAGAGAUGGCACCCAAGAAGGCCAAGAGGAGGCAGCAGCAGGGCGAGGGUGGGUCCUCCAAUGUGUUCUCCAUGUUUGAGCAGAGCCAGAUCCAGGAGUACAAGGAGGCUUUCACAAUCAUCGACCAGAACAGAGAUGGCAUCAUCAGCAAGGACGAUCUCAGGGAUGUGCUGGCCACCAUGGGCCAACUGAAUGUGAAGAAUGAGGAGCUGGAGGCCAUGGUGAAGGAGGCCAGCGGCCCCAUCAACUUCACCGUCUUCCUGACCAUGUUCGGCGAGAAGCUGAAGGGCGCUGACCCCGAGGACGUUAUCGUGACCGCAUUCAAGGUGCUGGACCCUGAAGCCACGGGCUCUAUCAAGAAGGAAUUCCUCGAGGAGCUGCUGACCACCCAGUGCGACAGGUUCACGCCUGAGGAGAUGACCAACCUGUGGGCCGCUUUCCCCCCCGAUGUGGCCGGAAACGUGGACUACAAGAACAUCUGCUACGUCAUCACACACGGAGAGGAGAAGGAGGAGGAGUAAAACCCACCUCUCACCAAGAUCGCCACCGCCGCCGCUGAAACCCCGCCCUCGACCCCUGCCCUCGACCCCGCCAUCCACUCGCUGCCCUCCUCUCCGACCAUUCGGCCCCCUCGCACACUUCCUCUGGCCCCCCCCGGCCCGCUUGCCAGCUCACUACGAAAAAGACUCAGUGAGAGGAUUUGAAGGCUGUGGGGGUUGUUGGUGUGUGUGAGCACCGACAGGGGGACACGGGAUUAUUUGUAAUAAAAAUAAAUAAUCUUGUGGCACCAACACACUCUCCCUAUCUCUGUCCCCGCCUGUUGUUGCUCCUUCUUUUUCCCCCAUUGUUCAUUCUGUCCUUCUGUGUUGAGGCCAACAGGCCAUGCCUUCGUGCAGCACGUGUGCAUGACGCGGUCCAGAAGAGUCCCUUACUUGAAACAAGUAAAAGCGGCCUGACACAUGUGGUCUGUUAGUCUCAACCUGACACGGGAACGUUUGAUGGAAUUUGUCCUUCUGUCUGAGUCCACGGGAAAAGAGUGCGAGUACUAAACUAUAAUAGUUUGCCUACCCCGCUCUUAAAUACGUUGCUCGUUAUCUUAAACUCAGGAGGAAAGGGAAAAGUUGCAGCGAAAGAUAGGUAAACACAAUAUUUUGAAGUUCAAAAUCUUGUAUUUUUUGGGAAAGAGAUGGUUAAAGGCGGUGAGUGGGUAGUGAGAAAUGAAUUAACAAAAGUAAAAAGUCUUUGUUUGUGACUCUCCCACCUCUCGCUCACUGUUGUUUCCUCCUGUUGUGAUCGUGUCUGACUGUAACAAAUAAAGAAGUACAAAUAAAAUCAACUAUCUUUCGUA